UUACGAGUAGCUGAGUAUGAGUACGACUACGAGUACGAGUAUGAGUAUGAGUUUGGCCGCGGCGGAGUUAACUUGUGGAAGAGACCGCUCGUCAGUGUGCCUUAACGCGCAGACUCGCGAACACGCGUCUCCGAUUCCAAAUUCACGUUUUUACAUUACGCGCAGGUACAAACAUUAUCAUAAUAUAUAUACUUUUUUUAUUUCAUUUUACACCCAAUAACACCGCCGCUAAUACCCCUCUCCUACCGAACAAGUGUUUACAAUUAUUGUAAUUUUAAUCUUCAUUUGCAUACUUAAUCCGUCCGUAUUGUCUAUUUCUCCGGUGUUCGAUCCUGAUACCCAAGUCGAAAAUUUUUAAAAAUAACUGUGUCAAAUUUUAAAUCAAUCAAACAGUGACGUGAAUUUCAAUAGCAAUGUGAUAUAUUUUUUUUAUGGUUAUUACCCAUAACAAGUGAUUUAAAUAUUAAUAAAAAAAAUAUUAGUGUUUGUUAUCGAUGGGUUAGUUGGCCAUGUAUAAAUUAAAAGAGUAAAAAUAAUUUUAAAAAAUAUUACGGCUGUAAGUUUUUAGUCGAAGAUAGAAAAUAGAUGCAAGUUGUAACUAAGGAUAGAGAAGUUGUGAUCAAUAACCUGGGUACAUACACUGUACAUAUUUGUACGAUACUGCAUACGUCGCUAAAUGUAUGUAUUAUAUGUAUAUGUAUAUGUAUAUAUAUAUAAUAAAGAGUAGGAGGCGAAGGAGGUGAGGAAGAAACGGGCGAAGGGAAAUUGUGAGGAAGGAAGGCGCGUACGACUCCUGUAUAAUAUUUUAUCUCUCUCGCCAUUUGGUGUUUCGUAUCGGACUUACCUGCACGACCUACAUACCACAAUAUAUAUGCUGUUGGUGUAGUAUAUUUUAUAUUGUGUACAUGUGUGUAUAUGUAUAUAUAUAUAUGUAGACAAGUUGAGUUGUUAUGCCGGUAAAAAGGACGAAGCCGAGUCUCAUGGGGUAAACAAGGGAUGACUUAGGAACGAGAAGGCAGUAAAAUUUUUACAACUUGUUAUUGUUGUCGGACUGGACUACAGAUCUUCGAUUGAGAAUCCUGGACCAUGAGAGUCAAUGGAGAGUUCGGAGGGAUUUUUUUUUAUGACUGGAGAUUCAUAAGGACGAAGAUGUGCGUAAGCCUGAGGAUAAUCGGGAAUAGAAAUCGAUAGUCUGUUUUUGGAGACGGAUACUGAGCUGGCUGAUUGCUGACAAUGAGUUGGGAUUGUGUUGUUUGAGGAAGUCUGGAUGUGAAAGUAAAGAUUGUGGAUUGAGUGAAGAUAAAUGGUAAGAACCGUCCCGGAAGAUAGUACGCGAAAAGAAGUUACCGGUACACGAAGUUGAAUUAUUUUUAGCAAGUUACCUGGCUGUUAAGCUAAACCGGUUUUUGUAUAUUGUAUAUCCUGGAAGAACGAGAAUAAAAAGAAAUAGAAGAAGAAGAAGAAGAAGAAGCGAAGAGUCUGCAGAUAUCUUUCGAGGCUCAUGUGAUAGAUCCUCAAAAAAGGAUACUCGGGAAUCGCUGGAGGACUCACGCGAGACAGAACUCUUUUUGUUUUGUCGAUCGUUAAAAUCGAAAGUCCCUCGUAAAAAUUCCUACCAUAGUCUGAGUAGACAUAGAGAAGGCCCAAGAAGCAGGCAAGAGAGAAUGAUAAAUAAUUUUCGAUAAUCGGUAGCUUGAUUUUUAAGUAAAAGAGGCUCUUUGAUAACACAGGAAUUUAUGUGCGUCAGGUGGUUUAUGAAAUUUUUUAUCGCUUGCACAACUGAAUAAAUAGGAAAUACACUCACUCAUAUGUUACUUUGAUAGACAUUUUAAAUUUAUCUGUGCGUUAUUCGCCGUGAGCUAAAUUUUAUAAUGACAAUGGUAUCGUCCGAUAAGAAAUAUUAAUAAAUAUCGAAUAGAUAUACUUUAUAUUAAAUAUAAAGUAACGAAAUUGCCAGAUAGUUAUACUCUGAAGACAGUCGAUACAAGUCUUGGUAAUAGUAUUUAUUAUAUGGUGUAAUGGAAGAUUGCGGUGCCCGUUGGCGAGGUCGGUAAAGAGAAAGUUUUCUAUUUUGAUCUUUACUAGACAUCAGGCUGCUAACCACUGGUUUUUAAUGCCGGAAAUAAUCACCUGGUUUUUUAGAGGCUUCUGUAAAAAUAUCAGCUAUUAAUUAUUUACUGGGUACUAAUGAAUGAAUUAAUAAAUAAAUAAAUAUUUAAAUAAAAAUAAAUAGAGUGAAUAUUAUUGGGAGAUUGGAGUCUUGUAAGAGAGAGAAAGACAGAAAUAAUUGAGGACAACGGUAUGAAGAAUGGCGGAUACGAGAAACCGUCAAGGUGUGCGCGGGAUCGCUGCCACUACGACCGAUCCCAGAAGAGGAAAACAUCGCGCGUUGGCAGCUCGCGGGGCCGCGGGUGCUCUGGUCCUGGGGAUUCUCGCGGUUGUCCUCCAAUCUGCGGCAACGGCAACUCCGAUGUGGGGAUACUUCACCAGUCCUGACCCUGGAAUAUCCGCAGAAAAAGGAUACUUUGGACCUUGGAGACAAUGCAAACUCUUACUUUAUAACCGAGAAAGAUGCGGCACGGGCGUAUCCAGAUUUCAGCCAGUCAUGGUGGUCUGGGUCGCUGGAAUAGCAGCGGCAAUAGCAUCUGGACUCCUUGCAAUUUUAGUAUUACUGGCAGUACUCCAGCUAGCCAUGGCCUCUUCGGCGAAGCGAAUGGUAAUCUCAUACAGCACAGCCUUGAUCGGCAAAGUUGCACUUGGCACACUGGCCACCUGUUUGUCGAUAGUUGCUGCGAGUUUAUUUGCAAUGCAGACUGACGACCGAGCCAAUAGUUAUAUUAUUACACGUGGAGAAGCUUUUUAUAUGCAGUUGGGCGCAAUCGUACUGAAUUUCGGCGUCCUUAUAUCCUCUAUUUACGAGGGUAUUUAUGCCAGGAGAGGAGGAGAUCCGACGAAGAUACGGGAUGUUAUUGAUGUACGUUCUACGACAAUAAAUAAUCCCGGGUACAGAGAAAAUUCCACCAAUGGAAUUUCCAUGACUGAUGCAAGUGGAAAGCCUUAUGUCGGUGGUGCCAAUAAUGGAUCGAUGGUGUCAGUGACAACUUCCGGAAGUGUCGGAAGUGCAGCAUCACCACUACGUAGUUCACUAAAAAAGCCAAAACCUCUGGGGAUCCAGAACCCUGGUUUCUCAACCCACAGCCCGACUCUGUCAAGAAACGGCUCUCAGAAAAAAGUACGGAUACAAACACAUUCAACAGAAGUCUAGGGAUACAUAUAUACAUAUUUAUAUACAUAAUUAAACUACUAAUUAUAAUUAGUAAAGUAAUUUAUUACUAAAAAAAAAGUAAUUUCCGACUUAUUUUAAUUAGCGCUUAAUUGUAAUUGAGAAUUGCAAUUAUAAGUAAUCAAAUGUGUUGUGAUAGAUAUGAACGCACGAUUUUUAAAAAACAUGUGCACUUUUAUGUUAUGCGAUUUAAAUUCUCCCGGCGUCGGAGGAUUUCUACGAGGAAGAAUGAGGAUAGAAAGGGCGCAUGAUAAAACUAAAUAUGAUAUUGUAAUUUAAGUUGAAUAUAUUAAUUUAUAUAUUCCGUCCAGCCCUUCGUCGGCAGCUAACCGUUAAACGGUAUAAAACAGAGAUAUUUAUAUACACAUAUACAUUUAUAUAAAUAUACAUUUUUUAGUGAUUCUCUUAAUAUAUUUAAAAAAAUAUAUAUAAAUAGAGAUUAAUUAUUAUUGAAUUUUAAAUAUUUAC